AGGCGGAAGAGCCCAUCAGAGUAGAUCUACUGUAGAAACCAGCAUUCUGCCGAGCAGUGGCUGGAGACCAAGACUUUACCGAAUCGUUUGAAACGUCAUACUUUAGAAUAAUACAUGGGAACCACUUCUUGAUUUAUCGAUUCACGCAUGUUUGUUUGUCGUGGCUGGCUUUCUGUCGAGAUAAGGAAGGCUGAAUACCUCUUAAUCUGGAUUGUUCUGCUUGAGGGGAUAGUAUCUGGAGCAGUGGUUUCACACACCCCUAAACAGGUUCCCAACACAGAGGGCCUGCAGCAGGUGACUGUGGGAGAGUCUGCUCUUCUACCCUGUCUGCUCCCACACCCACCUUCUUCUCUGGAUGCCAUCCGAGUCUACUGGCAAACAGCCAACACAUACCAGGUGGUUCACAUCUUCAACAAAGGCCAGGAGGAGUUUGAACAUCAGGCCCCUGCCUACCGCAACAGAACCCGGCUCUUCACCAGCCAACUGCAGUCUGGCAACUUCAGCGUGGAGUUACACAACGUCUCUGAGCAUGACAACCUCACCACCUUUCAGUGUCUUGCAAUGUAUGAUGGAAGCAGGGGGCCUGAGUACCAGGGCUAUGCUACCUUACUGGUGUUGAAGGAAGACGCACUUGGGACAACUCAUGACCUAAAGAGGGGCAAGACCCUGAAGGAGACCACCCUCCACACACGGAAGAGGGAUGACGCGAAUCCAUCGCAUGAAGGUGGGAAGGUGGCUGGAAACGCUGUGAAAGUGCCUGUUGCUCUGCUGGUGCUGAUCUCCCUUGUUUUGGCUGUGCUCCGGCCACGUCUACACAAGUGCUGUGAUUCUUCUCCUGAAAAGCGCAAAGCGCAACGUGGAGCGACUGAGAGGGACCAACAGCAGGAGCCUCUGGUCAGCGAUGGUCAAACAUAAGAGGACCAGAGAGGAGAGGAGAGGACAGUUAGAGAGUUUAAAGCAAAUGCAGGGGGAGGACGGUCAGGGGAAGACGGUUUGCUGCCCAACUAAGCCAACAAGAACACACCCAAAUAGGUUACACGUCCAGUAUUCAAACGGCUCAAAUCUGACCUUAUUUCAUUUACACAAAAUUCACAUUAUUAGUGUCAAUAGAUCAACAGAGAAGUGUAGCUACUUAAAUGUCCAGAUUUCAUUAAGACACAUGCGAGAAUUUACCACACACAUAAAACAAGAACAUACGUUGUACAGUAUAAUAGCAUCCACUAGUUGAACAUUUCUAUUAGCCUAAACACACAAUAGCCAUUGUCUCUGAUCCAGAUCCCCAAUUUGCACAGCACACAGCAUAAGCCCAGAGACUUAGAUUAGCAUCAACACUCUCAGUGUGAGACAUUGAACAUCUUGGCAGCUGAUAACAAACCAAGCUCAUGAGCUGCAGUUAUGCAUCACUACACCCAUAGACUGAGCUCAGAGGAUAUGAUAGGACAUGUAUGGCACAUGGUACGACAGCUACAGCCUGCUGCUCAAAGCCCUCAUGAGACGCAAUAUCUCUAGGACUCCUGAGCGUACAGCAGUAAUAGUAGUGCAUACUGUACGCGCACCUCAUCAGCUUGGGUCAUUGUGAGCUGUCGAGAAGUUUACAUAAAGUGUGUUACACUGAUAGUUUUGAUGCAAAUCUAAGUCUAGGUGCUGUGUGCUGUGCACAUUGGGGAUCUGGAUCAGUAUAGCUAUUGUGUGUCGGAAUACAUUCUUGCCCUCCAUAUUCUAAGUUGUCCUUUAGCAUUGAUGUUGCGAUACUAAGUACAUCUGAAUGCCAACUUUCCUUGCCGCCUGUAUUACACAAUGACGUUGAAAUUGACAUUUCAUUAAUGUGCGACCAUUUCAGUGCAUCUGAUGGCAUAGGCUAGGCCUACAAUGUUUUCAAUAUACAUGUUUACAUUCAGCUCAGCC